AUGACAGAACAUAAGCAACAAGCUCAUGUGAGUGCUGGAAGACUCGUGCAAACCGCUAAGUUUCUAAUUGAUGCGAAAUCAAGUCUUUUAGAGGAUCUAAAUGUGGAAAAUAUUGCUAUAUCAACCACUUCAAGUAAUGAAAUGCACCCUUCUAAUGGUACAGAUAAGGACCAAAAACAACACAUAUUUGUAUACUCGCGUGCCAGUAAAGUUCGUGCUGAGCGUGUGCGCUCUUACUUGCAGUUUUAUUAUCAUUUAAUAGAGGAAGAGGUGACAAGUAAGUCACCACGCAAUAUUCAUGAAGGUGUUGAAGGAGUCUACAAUCCUUUACAAGUUAUUAGAAACCGAAAGCUUAAAAAGAAAUACCAGCAACUUCCAAAGCCAGAUAUAGCUUUUCUCAAGCCACCUAUUCUCGCCAUACGCGAUUUUUCAAAUAAUAACCGAACGCUACCUUGGUUCGUUGAUUUAAGCGAACGUUCAAGUGACCUCACUUGGAGAAUAUCACAUUGGGAUGAGCUCAGAAGACCGGACGGAAAAUACUGGUUUAGAAAUCAAAAGACUAAAAGCAAGCACUUGCAUUCUUCUCAAAAGUACCACCACCACAGUGCACAAAGUGGGACAUCAGAACGCCCGGCGACAUCUCCUUCUAUAAUCACACAGGGAUCUUCAAGUUGGGAAGUGCCGUUGAUUUCGGUUGAAGAUUUGGGAGAUAAUAACGUCGCUCUACAACGUUCAAGGAAAAACAGAUUUGAUAAAAUAAUAGAAAAGACAAGGAAACUUUCAAGAUCUCCAGCUUCGCAAGAUAAAAGCGAAGGGCAAGCAAUAUAUAGUAAUCCCGGUUUUUCGAAGACAGCCAGUCAUACCUAUUUAACCCCUACUGAUUCGAUGGCUAAUCGUCUGACUGUUGCCGAGGUUCCAAUAAAUCCUGUCAAAAGCAAGCAAAGCGAAGAGCAGAGUACUUCAGAGGAUUCGAAGAAGGCAUCGGUCGAAUAUUUGGAGCUGGAAAAGAGUAUAGCGGUUAAGGAAGAAUCUGCACUUCAAAAACAGUGGAAUGAAAUAAAAUACCUUAAUUGUACUUGGCACGUUAUGAGGCAUAGACAAGUCACCUUGGAAAUUGUCAAAAAGAGGAAGGCAGCAGAGAGAAAACCGGUAAAGCUCGAAGAUAUUGAUGGCAUUUCGCAACCUGCUAUGAACGUAAUGGACACAUACAGAGAAGAAUUGACGGAAGCUCUAACAAUAUGUGAUAAUUGGAAGUCAAGAUUACUUAACGACUAUUCAAUGAGAGUAGAGAUGCUGAUUUCUACCAGUGAUAGAGUCUUGAGUGAUGUUAACACAACGCUAACUCUACGGCUAAAGACAUUACAAGAAAAUAUUGACAAAUUUGGGACCCUUAAAAGGAUGAACAAGCAACCACUUACUCAGUUUUGUUACCGAGUGCUUGAAGUUACUAUAGUGUUACUUUUCUGGGUUGUGUGGCUUGUAUUCAGUGUAUUAAAAUUAGGCAAGUUAAGCAUAAUGAUGACUUUGAAAAUCAUAAAGUGGAUAAUUUGGUAA